UUAUUUCAACAUCUUAUUCUCCACUGAUGAAAGAGAAUCAAUAAACAUUUGUUUUACAUGUUUAUAUCUACUGAAACUGCUGUCUGUUGGAAGCACAGGGCGGAGCUUCGCUGCUACUUUUUUGUGUUUAUGCUUUUUCGUCUAGAAGCCUAUUGCUUGUAGUCUGUCGAGUACUAAGCCGAUUCUAUUUCAAGGGUAGUGAGUCGAAACGAGAUAUAGAGACCGUGAUUAAACGACCGGACUGAAACUUUGCACUCCCGGCGCAUUGAGCGCAGGAAGAAAUCACGCCUGGAAUCCAUCGGGAGCAGUGUAAACAUUCAUUUGGAGGACUAUCUGACCCGGCUAAAAUAAUUUGAUAACUUUUAACGGAUGUAGGCUACUGUCAUCUGUUUUUCUAGUGAGUUGUUAGGCUACCGGAGGAUAGAACAAAUUCAUUUAGCGGGUGAAAGACAGGGUUUUUCUUUUUUUAGACAAUCUCCGAAGUCUUAAUUAUGAUUCAAAGAAAUUCCACCGAUGACUGUCAGGAUGAGAAGUAAAGCAACCUCCACAGACUAAAUCAUUAAUGGCCAUUGCCGCCAUGAGGACCGAAUGACUUCGGAAAGGCACGGUUCCGUUCGGUUUUCUCCAUUUAGGCAUUUGCAGACACUUGAGCGAACACAGCCCCGGGGCUGAGGAUGGAGUCGGACCCUAAGGUGGAGCGUGAGGAUCAGGGCGAGGCUGACGGUGUCAGAAGUGACACGGAGGAGGAGGCUGAGACUGCCGGCCACGCCUGUGCCCUCUGUGGGCGGAGCUUCCCCCUUCUGAGCUCGCUGUCCCAGCACAUGCGCCGACACACCGGAGAGAAGCCCUACAAGUGCCCCUACUGCGACCACCGGGUGGCCCAGAAGGGCAGCCUGAAGGCUCACAUCCGCAGCCACAAGCUAGGCCUGCUCAGCCAGAGCCUCGGCAAGAGGGAAGGGGAGGAGGGAAGUGGGAGUGAGAAGCGACAACGUGCAGAAGAGGAUCCCGAGCAAGUGGACAGUCCAGCCAGCGAACCGGCCGGCGGCUCCGCAGCCAAGAAGCCCAAAUUCAAUGGCAAAGCCAAAAAGAGGAGCGUGAAGAAGAAAAGCGAUGACGCGGUAAACCGGUGUGACAGGGAGGAACAGCCGCAAACCACGGCUGAGUAUGACUCAACGCUGGAGACGGCCAGGGGAGUGGGCGAAGGGAACGCGGAGGCCGCGGAAGGCUCCUUCCCUUGCGGCUCCUGCAGCCAGGUCUUCCCCCGGGCCCAGCUCUUAAAAGCCCACAUGAAGAAGCACCGCGGCUCCCUGGACCACGGCUGCCGCAUCUGCGGCCGGCGCUUCCGCCAAGCCUGGUUCCUCCAGAGCCACAUGCGGAUCCACAGGACCAAGGCCCAGCUGCGGGGCGGCGGCUGCGGCGAAAGCCCCGGGUCCCAGGCCACCGUCAACGGGGUCCCCCAGGACCCGGCGUCCCUGGCGAAUGACGGCUGUCUCUACGAGCUGUGUGCCGGCUGCGGCAACUUCUUCUAUGACCGCAAGACCCUCCGGCUGCAUGAGAGGGUCCACAAACAGACUCAUACCCCCAGCAAGCAGAGCCACGCCAUCGGCAAGUCGCCGCAGGCCGACCCCGACGGCGGCUCGCAGUCACCCGCUGCCAAGAGGCGAUUCCUGGAAUGCCUGAACCUCAGGGCGGCCGGGGCUAGAGAGGCAGCCACGGAGGGGAGUCUCGGGCGACGGAUCCCCGAGCUGGACCCGGUGUGCAGUUACCAGGCCUGGCAGUUGGUCACGAGAGGGCGCGUGGCGGAGGUGACGGAGAAAGGUUGUAAGGAGACGCUGGCGGGCGACGAGCUGGCGUUGGACCAGGAGAACGGCGAGCACGUGCCGCUGAGACAGGAGAAACGUACGAAGCAGCUGGACUCUUCCCAAAGCAAGAAGAAGAAAGGUCCUCUGGACGCUAUUGUUAAUGGUGGCGGUGGUGAUAUCUCCUAUCAGGAGGGUGACAAGAGAAAUGGCUGCACCCUGUUGAAUGGGCUCAGCCCAGAGACUUUAGAGAUACUGCAGAAAAAGAAGGUGAGAGAAAGUAAUCAGUCCAGCAAACAGUCAACCAAAUCAAACUCUGCUAGUCAGCUCAGCACAGCAAGUCCAGAAGAUUUUCUGUCUGCCUCUUUUAUGAAGACCAAUACUAUCAGACACUCAAGCUAUGGAGAUACCAAGCCAUACGUAUGUGAGCACUGUGACUUCCACACCAGUGACCCCUCAUCCUUCACAUUCCAUAUGCACAAGCAGCACAAGGAUGUCAGGGAUGCACAUCGCCCCCUACUGGAAGACCCAGGCCAUGGCUCUCCCCACACCUCAGGCUACAUGGAAUACCUCCGGCUGAAGAGCACGUCGCUCAGUCGGCCCUACUGGAAUCCCAACGUCGGUCCUCCAGUCCAGGAGAGGGCGGCGUUGAGGGGCCGCUCAGAGAAAUCAAGGAGCUUAAAAGUGAAAGGUCAAUCCUCUCAGGAUGCCGCCGUCAACGUCAACCUCCUCAACCUAUCGGCCCCACCAGAGGGCCAGGAGGAGGACGGCGGCGUGAACCCUGUGGCAGAAUCGUCCGAGGGCGCGCUAGUCAGACACCAGUGUCCGUUUUGUGCCCACACCACCCACUACCCGGAGGUGCUGUGGAUCCACCAGCGGUUAUCCCACAGAGUGGACAGCGGCAGCUCCCUGGCCCCCAAGUGGGCCCCCCACGUCAACGGCUUGAAAUGCCCCAAGGCUGCCGGGCGACGUACGGGUCCCCCGCCCUUUCUGGAAGGCAAGGACUGCCCGGCCCUCCCGGUUCCCCGCGGCCAGCGCACACAACCUCCGUGCUCCCUUGCCACACAACCACCAGCUGGUGGUGCCAAGCGGCCAAAGAUCCACACAGCCACCAAAACGACCAGAGCCCAGUCCAACACCAGCCAGGACAUGGGACUCGGCUCCGCAAGGUCACCUCAGGGUGGCGGGAAGUCCCUCCUACCUCAAAAGAAGAAGUUGAACCGACCGAGCCAUGCGGUGGGAAAUGAGAGCCCCCGGAUUAAAACGGAAGCCCUCCCCAAAACUGCUGCGGCUACCACUCUCGCCUCGGCCAGCGUCCGAGGCUUCUCCCAGCAGUCUAGUGCCCCCAAGUCCAGAAGCCAUCAACGGACGGGUGCAGUAGGGAGCCUCCUUCCGCAAGAAGGCCUCGGCUUUAUUUUGGCCCGGAACCAUGGCAGGGCCGACUACCCACUUCAUAGGACACCAGACAGAACUCACCUUCACCAGCCCCUUCCCCGAGACCCCCCCGCAUCUCCGAAAGGUCACGACCUUUGGUCUGUAAUGAACAUGUUUGGGGGCCCAGGCAGCAGCGGUUACUUGGCACCCACCAAUGUCCUCGGCCAUGGAAAGAAGGAUUCAACUGCUGGGGACUGUAGAGACACGCCGAUGGACAUUGACAUCCUGGGUUUGUUAAAGAACUACAAGCCCCAAGACCUGGCAGCUCUCUACCAGCACUGGGGCUUUGUGGAUCCCAGGCUCGACCAACAAGCAACACUGCAGUAUAACCGCCAUUUUGGAAAUGAAGUCCAUUCUUCUACAGAAGCCUCCAAACAGGCGAGCGGCUGUUCCCCUGCUUCCACCACCUCUCUCAGGAAGGGAACAUGAAGACUUGUAGUCACACGCCUUCAAAACCUGACUUCCUCAAGGCAGACUGCCUUCAGUCCCUCACAGGAACCAAGCCAUGACUACUGGAUCCGUGACUACAGGAGCCGUGACUACAGGAGCCGUGACUACAGGAGCCGUGACUACAGGAGCCAUGACUGCAGGAGCCAUGACUACACUUACUCUUCUUCUGGGCAUCCCGGUUGUCUCCAGGGACACCCUUUGUUUACAUCUAACUUUGUGACUGAACAAGCUGCCAUUACAUGGGGAUGUGACAGGGCGGGAAUGCUUACUUAACAGGGACACAAACACCCAGGCCCUCUGCACUUUAACACAGAAUAUUCCAGGAGCAGUAAACGCAGCGGACCCAGAGAGACCAGGGCAUUUCUGUGUCAGCAGUGACAGUACUUCUCUGGAAGGAAGUAGCGAUGCAGUCAUCUGUAGGCCAUGUCACAUGCUGGGCUUAGGUGGUGAUAUUGACCUGUAGACUGUGUUGUUGUUUAGCUUUUGAUGAUUGAGGUCAGGCUAGGUUAGUGAGAUCCUAAAUCAGUUGUGGGAGUCCAGAAAACAAUGAUGUUUUUUGUGAACUUUUUUGCAAAUCCAUGUCACAUCAAAAAGACUGAGGCUAAGACUGACACUCAAAAUGUAGCCCUCCAGAGAAUUAUUAGGAAAUUGUCAAGCAAUCAGAUUGAUAUAUGUAUUUAUUGUGAAUAUGAAUUUGUGUUAGAGUUUUAGUCUGUUUAAUUUAGCUUUUGUGUCUUUUGUGUUAUUUGAUAACUGUUUCACUUGGUUAGGUCAGCCACCUUCAAGCAAAGUCACAAACCACUUUUAUCCAAAAACAAUGAAGCGCAGGUGUUUGUGACUUCCCAGCCAUAUUCAGCCGCGUCACUGGUUCCCAUCCUAUUCCAUUUUAAGGACCAUCAACAUCACUGUUAAUAGUCCUUAGAACGGAUCGUCAUUCUCUUAGUCUUUUUUUUAUAUAUUUAUAUCUUGCUGCUAAAUUUGAGCAGUAAAUGUUACAUUAUUAUUACGGACAAUUUGCACUAUUAAAAGUAAUGUUAAGUUGAUUAUAAAACCACAAAUCCCUCAACUGUUCUUAUCAAAAAAGAAAAUAAUUAGCGAACCCCCCCCUGUACACAGGACUAUAGGUUAGAUUACAAACCACUAUGCCUGAAUUGGCAUAAAAUAGCACCUAGAUGGAGUAUGUAUGGUCUUUUUGUUUUGCUCUUCUGUUUUAAGUCUGUAGGUCUACUCAAGCUGAUAUCCUAACCUUCAAAGACUGACUUUCUUUCUGAGCUGAAAGCGAUUCCAUCGAUAGGGAGACCCUGCCCAUGUGGAACAACGUCUGAGAUGUUUUUUUUCUUUCUCAGUCCUCAGAAACUGUACUUCAGUAGAAAUGAGCCCAUGUAACUUCUAUCCAGACGGAAUGGAAAAUGAAUCCAAAACAUGUUCAUGGAAAGAAAAACACUAUGUUAUUUACAGAUUUGCAGUGCUUCCUGCAUAUUGCUGGAUCUAUAUGCCACUUUUGAAGUCUGAAAACAGAAAUGGAAGAUUUUUAAAAGAAGUGUAGUUUGACUCGUGUUCAUCAUGAAGGAUUGUAGGCUGGUCUACAAAUUAGGUCAAAACACCUUAUUUGCUUUCUGUUGUAUUUUAUCUGUGUUUUGCUGAAUCACUGGUUAUCUCUCAGUCUUAGAACGGCUUUGCUGUUUUUACAAGUUAUUUUUGCUGUGCGCAGGGAAACAUAGCCAUCAAUGUUAUACAUUACCAAUUGGAAGUCAUUAUUAUGUUACUGUAUCCAUCAGAUUUAUUUUCUAAAUGACAGUACCAUUCUGAUGUCAUUACUAAGUUACAGUAAUAUUCUGAUGUUAUUACUACUUUACUGUACCAAUCUGAUGUCAUUACUAAGUUACUGUACUGAUCUGAUGUCUUUACUACCUUACAGUAUCAAUCUGAGGUCAUUACUAUGUUACAGUACCAGCACCAAUCUGAUGUCAUUACUAUGUUAUAAUACCAAUCUGAUGUCAUUACUACAUUAUUUAUUGAAUGUGACAUCAUAGUUGUCCACCCUAAUCUGUUGUCGUAUCAAAACAAUUGCUGUGCUUUUAUGAAUUGAUGUCAGUUGUAUAGAUUGUAAAACCGUAGACUUUUAUAAUAAGACAAGUGUUUUUCUCAAAAUGCGUCACAAUGAAUAGCAAUGUCCACUAAUGGUAAGUGCUCAGAUUUUCUGUCACUUUUAGGAUUUUAGAUUAUGUAUUUUCAAAGUAUUUAUAUUCAUAAUAUCUGUUAGUACAAAUAAAACUUGAUUGUAUGCG